AUGAACUUUAACGCGUUCCAAGUUCGAAGGUACAAACGCGCGAACAGGAAAGUGUCCGUGGUUUUACAGGAGAGAACGAAACAUUUAGGGAAGAAAAGCGAGGUGGUUUCCGUGAAACCAGGGAGGGCGAGGAACCAUUUGAUCCCGCAGAAAUUGGCUAAAUACGCGACCGAGGAGAACGUGGAGAAAGCGUUGAAAGAAAAAGAGGAGAGAGACGUAUCGGAGGAGGAAGAGGAGGAGCAUUUGGACGAAGACGAGGAGAAGAAGUAUUCUGAGAGAGAAAAGGAGCGCGAUGACGAAGAUACCCGAUUCGCUAAAAAUGUUGACGUAGUCUUUAUAAUAGACGCUGUCGAACCGGCUGUGGAACUGAGCGCUCUUCGUAUCGAUUUUUCGCGGUCGAAUAGUAACUUACGCGUUCACUUUUUCUCGCACGACUUACACAAACAGAAAUUAAAAUUAGCUAUUAAAAUGCUCACGAGAGGGAACCCGGUGACAAUUAAGCGCGCGACGAAGCGGAAAACGGACGUGUUUAAUAUUCCAAUCACGAAAGACGACGUCGUCAAAGAGGUUGCCAAGCAAAAAAGCGUGGACCUGGACACUAAAUCCAUCAUGUUAGACAAACCCAUAGACUCGUUAGGCGAAUUCGACGUCCCGUUAUGGGUCGACGGUCGCGAGCUCGAGGAGAAGCUCAAACUCGUCGUCAAGAAGAAAGCGUACAAGUAG